AUGGAACCAGUAAAUUCAGGCUUACCGAGGUUUGAUCCGAGCGACACCUCCACCGUUUCAAACCGAUGGAAGAAGUGGAAGCGGUGUUUUGAGAUAUUCUUGGAGGUAAACAAUGUUACCAUAGCAGAGCGAAAACGUUCAUAUUUACUACACUACGCCGGCAGCGACGUGCAAGAUAUUUAUUUCAAUCUGAAAGGAGAAGAUGAGAUACAAGUUCCGAACGGGUCGGAUAUUUACAAAGAAGCAAUUAAACUACUGGAUGAUUACUUUUUGCCGCUGAAAUGUUUACCAAGAGAGCGACAUAUUUUUAGAAAUCUGGAACAAGCGGCGGAUGAAUCAUUCGAGAAAUUUGUACUACGCUUACGUGAACAAGGAAAUUUGUGCGAGUAUGGAGAGUGGCUAGAAGAAAACAUCAAGGAGCAAAUUUUCGAGCGAGGACACUCUGACGAAUUGAGAGCCAAGAUCUUAACGAAAGGUAACAUGACGCUUGCACAGACAGUAGAGAUGGGUCGUUCACUUGAGACCAUCGCUAAGCAUCGACGAAAUCUACAGAAGCAUGAAGAGGUAAAUCGCAUUUCUAGCUCGAGGGAAUGUUAUCGGUGUGGCCGCCAGGGCCAUUACGCAAACGACGAAGACUGUCCGGCACGUGACAAGAAGUGUGAAAAAUGUAAUCUACUGGGACAUUUUAAACGAUGUUGCAAAACUAAGCCGAAAAAUUCACGCAAGAACAAAGAAGGUGGAAAGAAAAAAGUACGUCAAAUCGUGAGCGAUAAUUCAGACACUGAGGAAGAGGAAUGUCGAGAUUCAACAUCUGAAGAUGGAAAUAACGUCAACUUUGUGUUUGCAACCAAUCCGGACCAAAAUGAAAUGGUUAAAUGUAAGAUCGGAGGAGUAAAAUUGAAUUGGACGAUCGAUUCCGGAGCAGGAGUUAACGUUAUUAGCAGUGAAACAUGGAAGUACCUGAAGGAUCAUGAAGUGAAGGUUCAUUACCAUACCGGUCAUGUUUCGAAAACAUUAUUAGCUUACGGGAAUAAUAAACUAUCGGUAAAAGGGAUGUUUGUUGCAGAAAUUGCCACCAAGAAGUCAUCGAUAAGAGACAAGGUGUAUGUCGUCCGCGAAGGCGGCAAUAACUUACUGGGACGGAAGACUGCAAUGGAACUGGGUAUCCUUAAAAUAGACACAUCUAUUUGUGCGGUUCAGUCGAGUGAAGAAAAGAUCGGGAAGGUGAAGGAUGUCCUCGUCACCGUGCAGGUGGACCCAACAGUCAAACCAGUUCAACACACACAAAGUCGUGUUCCGAUUCCUCUGCAACCGAAAGUUGAGAGAGAAAUAGAGAAGUUAUUGAAGCAGGAUAUAAUUGAACCAGCGCCACGAGAUUCGCCGUGGAUAUCUCGUCUGGUAGUUCGACCAAAAUCCGGCACCAUAGACGAAGUUCGCUUGUGUGUUGAUAUGCGUGAGGCGAACAAAGCGAUUAUUCCACAGCAUCACCCAUUACCCACAUUUGAUGACAUAAUUCCACAUUUGAACAAUUGCAAAAUUUUCUCUAAGAUCGAUCUUAACAAGGCGUUUCAUCAGAUUGAACUUGCAGAGGAGUCCCGUGCAAUAACAACGUUCGCUUCACACAACGGGUACUACAGGUACAAACGCCUCACUUUCGGCAUGAAUUGUGCGUCGGAGGUGUUCCAAAAUGUGAUUGAGCGAGUUCUAGCCGGAAUACCCGGAGUGAAAGUCUUUAUAGAUGACAUUCUGGUGUACGGUAAAAAUCAAGAACAGCAUGACAAAGCUCUUUCCAUGGUCUUGAAUCGCUUGAAGGAGUAUGGAAUUACAAUAAAUGAACGAAAAUGUGAAUUUGGACGAACCCAAGUAACGUUUAUGGGACAUAAUCUGAAUGGAAAAGGAAUUAGCCCAUCGGAGGAAAAGGUCGACUCCAUUCGUCGAUUUCGCAAUCCUGAGAAUGUAGAAGAAGUGCGCAGCUUUCUCGGAUUAGUGAAUUACCUAGGUAAAUUCAUUCCGAAUCUUUCUACGUUGACCGCGCCGUUGAGAGAGCUGCUUCACAAAAAUAUACGGUUCAAAUGGUGCAAUAAACACACUGAGGCAUUCGAAAAAGUGAAGAAGGAGCUGGCAGACCCGAGGAACCUGGGUUAUUAUUCGCCGUAUGAUGAAACAAUUCUGAUAGCCGACGCAAGUCCUGUAGGACUGGGAGCAGUUUUGCUUCAGAUUAAGGAAGGAAAGAAAAGACCAGUGUGCUACAUCAGUAAAGGAUUGUCAUCGGCGGAAAGAGGCUACGCUCAAAACGAAAGAGAGGCCUUAGCGCUAGUUUGGGCGGUGGAGAGAUUGGAGCCAUACCUCCGUGGAUUAACAUUUAAGUUAGUAACCGAUCACGAACCUUUGAAAGUAAUUUUCAAUUCAAAGCGGAAGCAGUGCUCGAGGAUUGAGCGGUGGGCCCUAAGACUGCAAUCAUUCCGUUUUCAAAUUGUCCAUAUUCCAGGGAAAGCCAAUAUUGCGGAUCCUCUAUCAAGACUUCCGAAAUUUCGAGAAUGUACUACAUAUGAUGGAAAGGGAGAAUCUCAACUACUUGCUGUGUUGGAAAUAUCAAGGCCGGUGGCGCUUUCGUUGAACGAAAUCAUUAAGGAAACGGUGAAGGACGUACAAUUAACUGCAGUAAAGGAAGCGCUUCGUAUUGACAGAUGGAGUGAGGAUCUGAAGAAAUAUCAUCCUUUUCGUGAGGAAUUGAGUGAAAUGAACGGAAUAAUAAUUCGAAGUGACCGAAUAGUGGUGCCAGUCAAUCUCCGACAGCGUGUGCUGAACCUUGCACACAUAGGACAUCCGGGAAUCGAAAGGACAAAACAACGCCUCCGCAGCAAAGUGUGGUGGCCGAACGUAGACAAGGACGCAGAAAAGAUGGUAAAAUCUUGUCUGGAUUGCCAGUUGGUGACAGGAACAAUAACACCAGAACCUAUGAAUAUUCGCGAACUUCCUCAACAGCCAUGGUACGUGUUGGCAAUGGACAUAUUAGGCCCGCUGCCAUCCGGCGACUCGAUCCUCGUUUUGAUUGAUUUGUACAGUCGAUUCCGUAUCAUAGAUGUACUUCGAUCAACAACAACUGAUGAUAUAUUAAAUCGACUGGGCCAUACAUUCAUGAGAAUGGGAAUUCCAGCAGUAUUGAUUACCGACAACGCUCGUAACUUCACCAGUCAGAAGAUGGAAGAUUUUUGUAAAGUUCAUGGCAUCCAGCUUAAGCAUACUACUCCAUAUUGGCCACAGGCCAAUGGAGAGGUAGAGAGACAAAAUCGCACCAUUCUGAAGACAUUGAGAAUAUCUGCGCUAAAUGGAACUGACUGGAAAAGGAAUUUGGAGGAGGCAAACUAUGUUUAUUCCCUAACAAGACAUCCGGCAACUGGACGCUCACCAGCAGAAAUUGCGUUGGGCAGAAGAUUCCGAGAUUGGAUUCCACAGAUUCCGGAAUUAAUUCACGAGGAUGAAGAGAUCAGAGACUGUGACAAAAUUUAUAAGAGCAACUCUAAGAAAUAUUUCGACUCUCAUCAUAAAACGAACAAGGUGGAUCUUCAACAUCAAGAUAUAGUUCUAAUGCGUAACCUGUUACCACAAAAUAAACUUUCGCCAAUGUUUCACGCUAAUCCUGCUAAAGUGAUUGAAAGGCAGGGUAACAGUGUGUUGGUGGAAACAGGAGAUGGUAGAAAAUAUCGCAGGAAUUCCGCUCAUCUCAAGAAACUACAACAAAGCCAGGAUAGUUUCGCUGGCCAGCAACAUACAACCGUUGAGGAAUCCGAUGUCGCUGAGAGUAACGUGGAUUGGGGCACCCCAUUUCCAUCAUCGCAUCAGACUUCCAGCACACCUAUCGUCAACGAUGAGAGGUCACAACGUGAAGGCACACUAGAGAGACCGAGGCGGGAGGCUAGACGUCCUCUGCGGUACGAUGACUUUGAACUAGAGUGA